AUGUUCAGGGUAAAAGGCUUUGAUCUUUACGUUGUCAACGUGUACUUGAAAUCAGGCGAGGGAUUCCAGAGCAGCACCAAUGCCGGCAUCAUUGCAUCGCUUCUUUCCUUUGUUCGAUCCGUCAGAGGUGCCUUUGCGAUUUUGGGUGACUUUAAUGAGGACUUUGAAACCCUAAGUUCCACCCAUAUUGGGGAGGAGGCGCGUGCGGUGUGGGUCGGACCAGGCACGUCCACCUGGUCUGGCGGAGGCCAAAUUGAUUUUGGUUUAAUUUCGAAUAGCCUGGCAACUUGUGCAGCGGUGCAGCUGGACUGGAACACCCCGUCAAGGCCGCAUGCAGCUUUGCAUUGGCAGCUUGAUGUUGCCCUGUUGCAUCAAAAAAUGCCGCAACUCAAGGGUUUCAAGCCUGCGCAGCUCGAUUCGCAGCCUUUUCAGCUAAGCACCGACAGGCCAGAGGUCACCAUCUUAGAUGAGCAGGUUACCGACGAAUUGACACUUGAUUUUGCGGCUUUAAGCUGUGCUGUUGAAAUGUCCGUUUAUGGCCAGGCUCAGGGAAGAGGAGCCAACAUUCUUUUGCAUCGCGCGCCAUUGCCUGUGCAGGGCGCUCCCAACGCUGGUUGGGGAGGUAAGGCUUCGGCUUUCUGGUGCAGAUUCUUAGGUUGGAUCAAAACUGUGCGCAACUCGGGUUGGCAUGUGAGUGGUUUCGGGCAGCAAGCAGGGGACCAGCUCAAAGAUGUAUGGUAUGGUGAUGCGACCUCAUUACAGGAUUUUGCCAGCGCGCUUGCAAUUGCCAGUCAACAAUGCGACCCUGCGGCUCUCCUUGCAUUGGAACCUGUAGCCACCGCGCAACACAGGCAUCACACCGAGGCUUUUAAGCAGGCUAACACUAAACAAUACACCAAGUGGCUGAGUGCUGCCUUGGUAAAAGGUAUGAAGCCUUUGUACAAAUGCCUCAAAAGUACGGAAUCCCCUUGUGAUAGACCCUUUCGAAAUCUUUCAUUGCAAGAUAGAGUGUACCAAAGAUGGAAGCAGUGGCACGACAUUUGGUGCCAGCCGGUCACUACGGACCCGCAUUUGUUGGCAGAGGUCAAAGCCAGAGCCAUCGAUCAAGCCAAGCAUUUGCCGCCCAUAAAUUUUGAGAAGGCUGUAAAACUUUUCAAAAAGUUUCCAGCGAAGGCUCCUGGGGCCGACGGCUGGACAGCACAGAUGCUAAACAACUUGAGCGAAGAGGCAGUCCGGGCUGUUAUUGAUUUCAUGCACGCUUGCGAGGCUAGUGCAGAGUGGCCAGCACAGUUUGCCAUUUCCUUGAUAGCAUGCCUGCCCAAAAACACACUCCGCGAGAGGCCAAUAGCCUUGCUCCAUGUGCUUUACCGCUCAUAUGUGCGCCUCCGUUUCUCCUUGAUAAACCAGUGGCAGCAGGAGUAUGCUAAUCAAUGCCACUGGGACCGCUCCCUGCCGGGAGGAGCCGUACUUGACGUCGCAUUGGGGAGACUGGUCCGGGGGGAGUGUACUCGGCAUAACCGGUUACACAUGGUAACGCUCUUUUUAGAUUUAGAGACCUUCUUCGAUCGUUGCCGGUUCGAUGAAAUGUUCCGAACGGGACUCAAGUUGGGCUACCCGCCCAUCAUAUUACACCAGGCCUAUCUGGUUUACAGUGGAGCCAGAUAUCUACAGGCCGAAGGCACGGUCGCACCGGUCAUCAAGGCCAAUACCGGACUCCUGCCAGGAUGCCCUGCGGCACCCUCGAUAGCGAAACUCAUCAUGCAUGAUGUUGCGGCUGAGCUUAGUGUCAAAUCAGGAACGUCCAACUUGGAUGUUUGGAUAGAUGAUCUUAGUCUUGAUACGGUUACCGCAGCUCCCAAGCAAACUGCUAGCAUUGCUUUGCGCUUGUUUCGAGGUCUUCGCAGUUCCCUGGAGUCCAGGGGCGCACAAGUUGCCAUCAGCAAAACUUCCUUCGUGGCCACGUCGUCUGAGGCUUGCAAGGCCUUGAAGGCAAUAUGCCAACCGGAUGAUCCGGCCAUUAAAAAUUUCGCCCGCGACCUAGGGGAUGGGCAAAAAUUCGCCAGCACUUGGAAAAGCAUAUGGAAUCACUUGUCCAAAGCAAAAGACCCUUGGAAGAGAGUCACCGGACCAAUUGCUGCCACCCAAGCGUAUUUGAUUGAGUUGGGAGUGGAAUGCUCACAGGUGCAUCUGUGGCGGCAUGCCAAAGGUAACCUUCAACUCGACUGGACCAAUUCUGAUGUCAUCCGCAGCGGCUGGGAGUGGGUGCAUAAAUUACUGCUACACCAGCAAGGGCUUCGCAUUGCCCAGCAAGAGGGUUGUGGUUCGCUCGAUCAGGGCACUGACUUCACUGUCCACCGCAAGUUGUUGAAGCGCAAACACGUGCAGAGAGCUACCCUUAGCAAUUUGCAUGCGGUAUGGCAAGGAGCGAUGGUUUCCUCAGCCAAACCAGGUUGGUGCAAGCUGUGCCAGUGUCCGCUUUCUUUGCAACAUAAUCUUUGGGAAUGUCCGUUCAUUUGCAAGCAGUUUGAUGCCAAGGAGUUUUCCGAAAUGAAAUCCCAGUAUCCUUGGCCUUCAUUGUGGUUGAGAGGCCUGCCUCCCCUUAGUGAAGUGCGGCAUCCCAAACCUGCGAUUGAGCAAUGCGGCUUGCAAGUCGCGGGACUAUGGUCGACCCAGAGUACUUUGGAAGGCAGUCGAUAUGUUUUUGCUUGUGAUGCUUCUGGAGGACCAGGCGGCUCGGAUCAAAGGCUCCUCGCGGAGCCCCUGACAGUGCCUCAGGCCGAACAGCGAGCUCUUUUUGAGUUGAUGCAUCGUGUCACUGGCGACUUUGAUGCCACAACUGAUUGCAAAAGUGUCAAGCAAAUCUUGGGCAAGGCCAACCCACCGCAGGAAGGUGUUGUGCCAUGGGGCACGAUAUGGCACGAGCGCAGUCGCAUCCGCUUGCAUUGGGUUUCUUCACAUAAAAGUGCAGCUUACUUUGAAAAGCAGGGCUGGGAGCAGUGGAGGCGCCUCAUCAACGAGGACGUCGACAAACUCUGCGGGCAAAGGGCUUCUCAGCAUUUCUCGAUCGCGCAUGCGAAGUGGCUGAAGAAAUGUGAUUCCGUGGUGGAACAAGCGCUGAAGGACCUACCAACUUGA